AUGAUGCCUCUCUCACGCCUGGCUGGGAUUCUGAUACCAGCCAUGGCCUUCCUCUCCUACCUGAGACCUGAGACCUGGAAGCCCUGCACAGAGGUGGUGCCUAACAUUUCUUACCAAUGCAUGGAGGUCAAGCUCUACAAAAUACCUGACAAUAUUCCCUCAUCAACCAAGAACCUGGACCUGAGCUUUAACCCACUGAGGCACUUAGGCAGCCAUAGCUUCUCCAACUUCCCAGAACUGCGUGUGCUGGAUUUAUCCAGGUGUGAAAUUCAGAUAAUUGAAGAUGAUGCAUAUCAGGGACUAAACCAUCUCUCCACCUUGAUAUUGACGGGAAAUCCUAUCCAGCACUUAGCUCCAGGAAGCUUUUCUGGAUUAUCAAGUUUACAAAAGCUGGUGGCUGUUGAGAUAAAUCUACCCUCUCUAGAGAACUUCCCCAUUGGGCAUCUUAAAACCUUGAAGGAGCUUAAUGUAGCUCAUAAUUCUAUCAAUUCCUCCAAAUUUCCUGAAUAUUUUUCUAACUUGUCUAACCUGGAAUACUUGGACCUUUCCAAUAACCAGAUCCAAAAUAUUUAUCGUAAGGACUUGCAGGUUCUACAUAAAAUUCCCCUGCUCAAUCUCUCUCUAGACCUGUCUUUGAACCUGAUAAAAUUUAUACAACCAGAUGCCUUCAAGGAACUUAGGCUCCAUAAACUGACUUUGAGAAGUAAUUUUGAUAGUAUAAAUAUAAUGAAAACCUGUAUUGAAGGUCUGGCUGGUUUAAAAGUUCAUAAGUUGGUACUGGGAGAAUUUAAAAAUGAAAGGAAUUUGGACACAUUUAACAAAUAUGCCCUAGAGGGUCUGUGCAAUUUGACCGUUGAAGAAUUUCAGAUAGCAUACUUCGAUGAAUUCUCAUUGGAUGAUAUUGGCACAUUUAAUUGUUUGGCAAAUCUUUCUGCAAUUUCCCUGGUGAGUUUAUAUGUAGUCAAUUUAGAAAAACUUCCUAAAGAUUUCAGAUGGCAAUCCUUAGAACUGAUUAACUGUAAAUUUGAACAAUUUCCAUCUUUGUCAUUCUACUCUCUGAAAACAUUUGUUUUCACUGCCAAUCACUAUAGUAACACUUUUGUAGAAUUUGAACUACCAAGCCUGGAGUUUCUAGAUCUCAGUAGAAAUGGCUUGAGUUACAGAAGUUGCUGCUCUCAGGCUGAUUUUGGGACAACGAGAUUGAAGUAUUUAGACCUGAGCUUCAAUGAUAUUAUUAUCAUGAGUUCAAACUUUCUGGGCUUGGAACAACUGGAAUAUCUGGAUUUCCACCAUUCCAACUUGAAACAGGCCAGUGACUUUUCAGUAUUCCUGUCACUCACAAAACUCCUUUAUCUUGACAUCUCUUAUACCAAUACCCGGGUCACCUUCCAUGGCAUUUUUCAUGGCUUGGAGAGCCUAAAAAUUUUAAAAAUGGCUGGCAAUUAUUUUCAGGACAACUUCCUUCCAGAUAUCUUCACAGAGUUGACCAACUUGACCUUCUUGGACCUCUCUACUUGCCACCUGGAACAGGUGUCCCAGCGAGCUUUUGACUCACUGCCCAGAAUUCAGGUGAUAAACAUGAGUUAUAACAAACUCCUGUCAUUGGAUAUACUUCCCUAUCAACAUCUCCACUCUCUCCAAGUUCUGGACUGUAGUUUCAAUCGUAUAAAAGCCUCCAAUAUUCAAGAACCACAGCGUCUUCCAAGUAAUCAAACUCUCUUAAAUCUUACUCAGAAUGACUUUGCUUGUGUUUGUGAGCACCAGAGUUUCCUGCAGUGGGUCAAAACCCGGAAACGGCUCUUUGUGGAAGUUGAACAAAUGGUGUGUGCAACACCUUCAGAUAUGCAGGGCUUGUCCGUGCUGAGUUUUAGGAAUAGCACCUGUCAGAUGAGCAAGACAGUCAUCAGUGUGUCAGCUGUCUUUGUUUUCAUAGUAUUUCUGAUACUAGUUCUGGUCUAUAAGUUCUAUUUCCAUCUGAUGCUUCUUGCUGGUUGCAAAAGGUAUGGUGGCGGUGAAUGCACCUAUGAUGCCUUUGUUAUCUACUCUAGUCAGGAUGAGGAUUGGGUGAGGAAUGAGCUGGUAAAGAACUUGGAAGAGGGAGUGCCCCCCUUUCAUCUCUGCCUUCACUAUAGAGACUUUAUCCCCGGCGUGGCCAUCUCUGCCAACAUCAUCCAGGAAGGUUUCCACAAAAGCCGGAAGGUAAUCGUUGUGGUGUCCCAGCACUUCAUCCAGAGCCGCUGGUGUAUCUUUGAGUAUGAGAUUGCCCAGACCUGGCAGUUUCUGAGCAGUUGCUCUGGAAUCAUCUUCAUCAUCCUGCAGAAGGUAGAGAAGUCCCUGCUGCGGCAGCAGGUGGAGCUGUACCGCCUUCUCAACAGGAACACCUACCUCGAGUGGGAGAACAAUGUCCUGGGGCAGCACAUCUUCUGGAGACGACUCAGAAAAGCCCUGCUAGCUGGCAAACCAUGGAGUCCAGAAGCAGCAGCAGAUACAGAGAAUAAGGAGCCUGAAGCAACAGCUUCCAUCUGA